AUGAUCACCGUCGAGGCGGAGGUGGACGCCUCUACCGAUGACGACGACCGCAACGGCACCAGCCACUCCGUGGUGGGAGACGGAAACCACACCCGCAGCGGAGGCGGCGGCGGCAGUGGCAGCGCACGACGCCGCCACGGCUCCAGCAGCAGGCGCCGCCGCCGUGGCCGUCUGCGUGACGGAGACGACGCCGAGGGCGAGGACGAAGACGAAGACGAAGAUGAGGACGCCGACGAGGAUGAGGACGAGGACGAGGACGAGGACGACGAUGACGACGACGACGACGACGACGACCACCGCGCGUACAGGGACUGCUGCCGGUGGCUGAAGGAGGUGGAGCCGGACUGCGUGUGCGAGGCGCUGCUCCGCCUGCCGCCCUUCCUCGUCAAGCCGCAGCACAAGUACACCGUUAAGGUGGGCCACUCCUGCAAGUUCACCUAUAGGUGCGGCGGCGUCUGA